UAAACAAUAAGUAAUCUAUGCUAUUUUGGUUUCUUUAUUAUUUAAUUAUUCUAAAUGUAAAUAUAUCAACUGUAAAUUUAUACAUUAAUACUUAAAAAAUGGCUUUCGAUAUGAGUUGGGAAGUGGAUAAAUACAAAGAGGAACAUGAAAGCGAUGAACACUGGUUGUUACGAAAAUCUUUUAUGGAAAGAUGGAAAACUGAUUAUCCUGAGGAGCGAUUGGUUUGUCUGGCGCAGGUAUUUGCUAACAUAGAAUUUAUGGGAUGCAGAUACCCUACAGAAGUAAUGCAGGAAGUUGCUAGACUGUCUUACGAUAUAACAAAACAAUAUAGAAAUAUUAAAAAAACAAAAUUACAAAGAACAUUUGUAUCCGCAUCUGACGCAGCAGAAGACAGAGCGAGAGGUGUGAAACGAGAAGGAGGAAUUAUUAAAGGCCCAAUUAACAAAAAUAAAAAAAUUAUCUUUGUACCUCAAACAAAUGAAGAUGAAGAACCAGUACCGAACAUAUCAGAGGAAGUAGCAAUAAAAAAAAUAAAAAGUGACAAUGAUAUUAUACCCAAAUCUAAUGAUAAUGAUGUACCAUGUGUUAAUAAUAAUAAAACAGAUAGUAAAUCUGAUUAUUCGAAUGAAUAUAUUAAUGAAAUGUUAGCAAUUGAAUGCUUGGAUCUGAAUAGAUUUUCUGAAAACAUGUUUAAUACAAAAUUUGGUAAAAUGGUACUUUUGAUGAGACCCUGGGCAAGCAAGCUGAACAACAUUCAAUCCAGCUGCCAAGUUUGUCGCAUACCAAUAGUUAUAUCAUAUAAGGAUAACUGUUUGACUCUUUUUAUAAAAGGAUUACUUGUUGCUAAAGCGACAGGUCUGAAAGCUGAAUGCAAAAAUGAAGUUGGAACACUGGCAUGGAAUAUACUACGAGAGCAAAUGGUAACCCUGAUUAUAAAGGAACUGUGGAUGUCGCAAGGGGAGCGAGUGUCCGUCGGCGAUGUGUCCAAAGUGAAGGAGUUCGGGAUACCCGUUGAAACCAGUGUCGCUCUCAAGAUAAUGAAGUUGAUGGGCUGGACGGGCGGAGGGUUGGGGGCGGAUUCCCAAGGGAUAGAGGAGCCGAUCAAACCUCAUUUACAAUUGGUAAACCGCGCCGGUCUCGGUAGCAACAUCAACAUACGUCAGCUGAAACGAGCCGGUAUGCAGCUGAUGAAGAGCUUCAUGGAGUCGGACGCCAUCGACGUGGACCUCGUCUUCAGCAGUGAGUUCAAUAAGGAGGAACGGGCCGCCCUGCACCAGACCGCGCAACAGAUCGGCCUGGCUUCUAAGAGCUAUGGCGUAAAUGAUGAUAGAUUUUUAGUGGUAAAGAAGAAAUUAGACCCUUUUUCGAUCGUUCGAGCCGUGAUAGCGAAGGGAGGGAACACUCCGAAAUAUCAAGUCUUACUACCGAUCUCACUUGCACAGAACAGAUAAUAAAUACUCACUAUAUA